UGCCCCUCUGUACUUUCGGUACGGUUGUUGAUAAAGUGUGUCUGUCUACGGUCCGGUGUGAAUCAUGUUCGGCACGAAACAGACGAAUGUAGACUCAUUGACAUCAUCGAUGCGUAGUGGAUCUCAAUGGUGUUCAUGAUACAUCCUCAAACGAGCUGUAGGAGUAGAAUAUAUCCUGCUUCCUGAAGGUCGCUCCGUCCUAUCAUAAUGGCUUUCACCGGAGUGGUUCUGCUCUUCAAAGGCGAUCAGGUAGAUCCGUCGGAUUCUUACCUAACCGCCUUGAACAAUGCUGGCUUUCGCACGUUCCAUAUACCGGUUCUGCAGUUCACUUUUGUCAAUCAGGAACCCCUAACGAAGGCUCUGCAAUCGGCACACAAAUACUCAGGAAUCAUCCUCACAUCCCCACGUUGCGUUCAAGCUGUUGAAAAUGUUUGGUCUUUCAAAAUCUACGAGCACUGGAACGAGAGAAAGGUCUUCGUCGUCGGGCCUUCCACCGCCAGAGCCGUUCGGGAUACGCUACAUCUCCCGGCGGAGGGCGAAGAAACGGGUAGCGCUGAAGCCCUAUCAGUUUUGAUAGCGAGAAGUCUCGCUGAUCAAGUGAAUCCGAAACCGUUCCUGUACCCAGCCUCGUCGAAAGCAUCUCCGAACAAUUUCUCCGGAAUUCCCGUGGAGCGCAUAACUGCAUACGAGACCGAAGAAUGCGUGGACCUCCGUUCGUUGGAGCAAGUUUCCUCGGGACGGAUAGUUUGUGUGUUCUUCAGCCCCUCAGGGGUCAAGGCGGUUCUGCCAGAGCUACGUCGGAGAAAUCUCUCGUUCAAAUCGAUAGCCAUCGGACACACGACGGAGGAAGCUCUGAAGCGUGAGCAGCAGCCCGUUGACGAAGUUUGCGAGAGUCCAAGUCCUGAGGCCUUGAAGAAAUGCUUAAAGAGGAUCUGUCGAGGUAAACGACGCUGCGCAAUUUCAUGAGUCUGCGAACUCGCUCGUUAGGAUUUUCACGAUAGAGAAAGGGAUGGAGGAUGCCAGCUCGAGGCCUUGCAUUGAUGCUGUGCGACGUCGCGCGGCUCUGCUCAAUUAUCCCCGAAGCGAUCAGUGAAUCAAUGUUUGGAAGUCUGGAACUGCGGCGUCCUUCCUCGAACGCGGACCCGGUUGCCGUAGAAUUUCGUGAGGAAUGAAUGUUUUUACUGUUUUUAACGUGAGACUCGUAGCACACAAUUCCAAACGCUCAAACCCACAGUACGAGAAGUUAUUCGAAUGUACGAGGAUAUUAUAUUAUGGGUGCAAGUAUGCCUCGAAGUUUGAAUGUACGUGGAUCGAAUUCAGAGGAGUGAACGUGAACCGUGGCGUGUGAAAUGUUCCCGAUAUCAAUUGUAUCAAUUGAUGACCUGAUAGGAGUGCUGCGGAGGUCCCACCCGAAGGAUCAUGUUAGAUGGGAUGCUCGAAUAAUAUUUGCGGAAACUUGGUUUUCGAUCGACGUGGAGAGUAUAUCUCAGGAUGUUCUGCGAACAAUAAACUCCAACCCUAAUUUAUU